AUGUGUGAGCAUAGCCUCACUUGGAAAAAGCACCUUGUGGAUAUAAUCACGGACUGUGAGAUGAGGAGGUCUCCCUGGAUCAUCUGGGUGGGCACUGAGUGCCGUCACAAGUGCCUUUAUAGAGAGGGACGGAGUGGGACACAGAGAGGCAGCAGUGUGAAGGCAGAGAAGGUUCCACCAGCCACGAGCCGGGGGUGCUGGCUGCCACCUGGGAAUGGACGCCCUGGAGGAGGCACUGCUGACACCAUGAUCUCAGACUUCUGCCUUCCAGUGCUUGAGAGAAUAAAUUUCUGUUGUUUUCAACAAGUCACCAAGUUUAUGGUAGUUUGUUACAGCAUACACAGGAAAUUAACAGAGUCUGGGCAUCCUGUUACACCAGAUGGCAAGACAUCCCAUCCCAGAGACCAAUUUUGA